AUGACAAUCAAGGUUGCCCUCGUCGGCUUGUCCACCAACGCCGUCACCAGCUGGGCCGCCAGCGCGCACCUGCCGUACUUGCUGUCGGAGCGCGGGCGCAAACGCUUCCAGAUUGUGGCGCUGCUCAACUCGAGCGUCGACGCCGCCCGCGCGGCCAUCAAGCACUUUGGCCUGCCGGCCGACACGACGGCGGCGUACGGCAAGGCGGAGGCGCUGGCAGCGGACAUUGUGGCCGGCAAGCUCGAGGUGAACUUCGUGUCGGUGGCCACGCGCGUGGAUCUGCACUACCCCGUACUGCUGCCCAUCUUGAAGGCGGUGGCUGCCAAGCGGCAGGAUGCACCCAAGGACUUUGGCGUGUACGCCGAGUGGCCACUGGCGGCCAACCACAAGGAGGCCGGCGAGCUGGUGGAUCUCACCCAGCAACACGGCAUCCGGACCGCCGUCGGCCUGCAGGGCCGGCUGGCGCCUCCGUACCUGGCGGUGCGCGACGUGAUUGCCUCGGGGCGGCUGGGCCGCGUGCUGAGCAGCAAAGCGUACGGCUACGGCGGGUCCGCGACGCGCACGGCGCUGCUGGAGUCGCUGGGCUACUUUGCAGACCGGUCCGUCGGCGGCAACGUCGUCACCAUCACCCUCGGCCACACCAUUGACCCGAUCCAGUUUGUGCUGGGCGAGCUGUCGGCGACCAACACCAAGACGGUCUCGCAGCUGCAGCGCCCGCAGAUCGAGCUGCAAAAGCCCGGCGCCAAAGAGGGCGAGUGGGUCGUGGCCAAGACGGUGACGUCCAACGUGCCGGAUCUCGUGACGGUGGUGGGCACCCUGGACAAGAAGGACGGCAAGGGGGCCGAAACCGACAACUUUAGCGACGGCACGGCCACCCUCCUCGUGCGUCUGGCCCGCGGCGAGCCCUUCCCCGGCGAGCCCGCCUACAUCUGGUCGAUUGUCGGCGACAAGGCCGAGCUGCGGCUGGUGUCGGCCAACAAUCUCGCGAUCCAAGCGCUUGGCGACAACAAGAGCGAGAGCCCGUUGGCGGUCAAGCUGUCGCUCUACGACUACGCGACGGGCGAGGUGACGGACGUGCCCUGGCAGUGGCAGGACUGGCAGAACGCGCUGGAGCCGCUGCCGGCCCGCAGCAUUGGCGCGCUGUACGAGGCGUACGCCGACGGGCGGGAGGCGGACUAUGCGACGUUUGCGGAUGCCCAGGCGAGGCACGUUCAGUUUGAUGGCUGGCUGGACGAGUUUGAAAAGCAGACGCAUGCAGAACAAUUAGUAACCGCCCCGGCCCCGGCCACCUCCGCGCGAGAAGCCACCGCUGCCGCCACGGCCACCGCGCGAGAAACCACCACCGCCGCCACGGGAGAAACCGCCGCCGCCGCCGCGCGAGAAGCCGCCGCUGCCGCCACGGCCACCACCGCCGAAACCGCCCCGACCGCGCGGUGCGCCACGGCCGCGACCGCCGGCACCAAAGCCGCCACGGCCACCGCCUCGGCCACCGGCGCCGCCCAUGCCGGGCUUCUUGACGCGCUUCUCCGUGCCCGGUGGGGGCUUGGGCUUGGGGAGGAAGCGCUCAAAGGGCAGCAGCUUGUCGCUGCUGAGGAAGAACUUGUCGCCGGCCUUGAAGCUGGCGGCCUGGAUGCCCUCGGAGGGCUUGAUGGUGAAGUAGACCUGGUUGAUGGGGCCGAGGACCUCGUCGACCUUGCCGACGUUGGUCUUGUUCUCGAGGAAGACAAAGGCGUUGAACUGGGGGAUCUUGCUGGCGUUGACGCUCUUGCAGACCAUCUCGCCCUCGCAGGCGUGCACAAACGCGCCCAUCUCGACGACGGAGGCCGGCGGGCCCAUGUCGCGCGGCGCAAAGCCGCCGCGGCCUGUUGCGAGCUACGUUAG